CGGGAACGCUGUCAGCGAGCGUCUGUUUCCAAGGGGGACCUUGAGUCUCCAGUCGAAAUCCGUUUUUCAGUGAGAUUCAAAAGUGUACCAAAGUUCUACAAUCAACACGCGGAGGUUCCUCAGCUUCAGGAUACAAGUAGAGAAAACAUCCCUUAAGAUCGCCUGAAAGAUUUGGAGGAAAUAAUCACAAAUGUUCCCUCAAAUAUCGUAUUAAAUAAUUGCUAAGACAUCCUGGAGAUUUUGGUUUUGUGCCAAAAUUUGUCUCUCAGAAAUCAGGAUGUUCUGUGAUAAUAUUGGUCGAUUAUCAAGAUAAAUAUAGUCAAGACUUUUUUGAUUGGAAUAGAUACUCCGGGAAUAGAUGUCUAUCAUCACGAGAUAGUUGAUGAUGUGGGUUCAAGAUACUGGGAGUCCCAUUAUAGAUCUCCUGGAAGGCUGUUCUAAUACCAUUGUGUGAUAAUCAGAGACUGGGCUUAUUGCAGACACCAAAAAUUGCUUCGAAAGAACCUCUUUUUUUAUUGAUACCAAGAUGCCAAUCCUUUGUUGUGAGGGAAUAAAAAAAUCAGGAUUGUUGGAAACAUUUUUCUCAACUGUGAUAAGUCUUUAACGAAGAAAGGAGUUACCAUCCUUCUUGGAAUCUAUGUGAUAACUGGUGGAAAUAUGCAAUCAAUAUUCAUUGACUGUCAUAAGCUGUGAUAAAAGCAAAGAUUUAUUGAUACAUCAUUUAUGAAGGUCUAAGGAUGAUGAUGUAGAUCCUGGCUGCUAUUUCUAAGGAUACCUUCAAUAAUAUCUUUUGCAAUACUAUACUGCCUCUUGCACAUGCCUAUCAUAUAAUUAAAUAUGUCUGCCAGCAGAUUUCAUUCAUCUAAUUGAUCUUCCAAGAAAAUGGAGUUUAUGUAGCAUGAUCUGGGUGAAAUUAGCAAUAAAGUUUAAUCCAAAGUUUUCAUAUGCCUUGAAAGUUAGAGAGAUUCUUGCAAUAUUUUGUAUCCAAAGGAUCUUAAGGUUUCGAAUUUCUGAGACCACAUCCUCCUGAAAGUUGUUGCGUCUCCAGACCCAUCAAAUUUUAUCGCUCCAUGCAGAAGCAACGCGGAAGGCAAAGUUUAUAGCCGAACAAAGGCUCGUAGCAAUUUCGAAAGAUAUUCUCAAUCCAGUUUUAAGACUCAGGUCUGCUUUUAAAAUUGAAGAGCUCUGAAAUUCUGACAAUGAAAGUAAGGAGCUAUCCAGGUCGAGCAGUCCUGGAGGAUCCGGAAUUGAUUUUGGACCCGGAUGCUACGAGAGGAAGAGCAAUGGAACUUUUAUAUGAAGCUAGUUGGAGGGAGUGUGAUGUGAAUUGGACGAAGAGUUCGGGGUCAAAAAAUAGGACUUAUAGGGAAAAUAGGAAUGAUAGGGAAAAUAGGAAAGAUAGUGAAUAUAGAAGACAACCCUAUGCUGAGGUGAUAAGUCAGCUUGAGGGAGUCCUGGAUGGAGAAGAAAAUAUGUCCUCGAGUCCGAGGGAUGAGAGGUCUCCGAGGUCAAGCAGUGGUACCACGGAUAGUGACCCGGAAAUUAAUCAGUCGAAUGGUCAUAGUGGUUUCCUCAUUCCGAGACCUAGGCUGAUAGUACCAGUUCACACUUAUGCUAGGCGAAGACGCACUGGUGCACCACCUCCUGGGAGAAGACGAGCUUUGCGAGGAGAGGGAAAGGUGGAAGUUUCGAGAGAUGGAAAAUACCUGAGUACUUUGGCACCAGGAAAAGUUUUGGGUGAAUUAGCCAUUCUGUAUAAUUGCAAAAGAACGGCAACCAUAACAGCAGCUACAGAUUGCCAAUUAUGGGCCAUUGACCGACAAUGUUUCCAAACUAUCAUGAUGAGAACCGGUCUUUCGAGACAAGCAGAAUAUACGGAUUUCCUUAAGAGCGUUCCUAUUUUCAAAAACCUUCCUGAUGAAACUCUCAUAAAAAUCUCUGACGUCUUGGAAGAGACGUUUUAUAACAAUGGUGAUUACAUUGUUAGACAAGGAGCAAGAGGAGAUACAUUCUUUAUAAUUAGCCGAGGACAGGUGAGGGUAACGAUUAAACAACCAGAUACGACCGAUGAAAAAUACAUCAGAACUUUGGGCAAAGGUGACUUCUUUGGUGAAAAAGCACUUCAAGGAGACGAUCUUAGAACAGCAAAUAUAAUAGCAGAUGAUCCGGAUGGAGUCAGUUGUCUCGUGAUCGAUCGGGAAACUUUCAAUCAACUUAUUUCAUCCUUAGAUGAGAUCCGGACUCGAUACAAGGACGAGCUAGUCGAACGUAGAAGACUUAAUGAAGAGUUCAGAGACCUCCGAUUACAAGAUCUUCGACCAUUGGCAACUUUAGGAGUCGGUGGAUUUGGACGAGUGGAAUUGGUGCAGAUUGCUGGUGACAAUUCGCGAUCAUUCGCCCUGAAACAGAUGAAAAAGGCACAAAUUGUUGAGACGAGACAACAACAACAUAUCAUGUCGGAAAAGAGAAUUAUGGGAGAGGCUGACUGUGACUUUGUUGUUAAACUUUUUAAAACUUUUAAAGACAAGAAGUACUUGUAUAUGCUGAUGGAAGCUUGUCUGGGUGGAGAAUUGUGGACAGUUUUGAGAGAUAGAGGACAUUUUGAUGAUCCCACAACGAGAUUUUACACUGCUUGUGUCGUCGAGGCUUUCGACUAUCUUCAUUCUAGGAACAUCAUCUACAGAGAUCUCAAGCCUGAAAAUCUUCUCCUAGAUAGUCAAGGAUACGUAAAACUGGUAGACUUUGGAUUCGCAAAACGUCUCGAUCAUGGAAGAAAAACGUGGACCUUUUGUGGAACGCCGGAAUACGUAGCACCGGAAGUUAUUCUGAAUAGAGGUCAUGAUAUUAGUGCGGAUUAUUGGUCUCUAGGAGUUCUGAUGUUUGAACUUCUCACUGGAACACCUCCAUUCACUGGUGCUGAUCCCAUGAAAACUUAUAAUAUCAUUCUUAAAGGAAUCGAUGCCAUAGAAUUUCCCAGAACGAUAACGAGAAAUGCCACGGUUCUCAUCAAAAAGCUAUGCAGGGAUAAUCCAGCUGAGCGACUUGGUUACCAGAAAGGAGGUAUCAGCGAAAUACAAAAACACAAAUGGUUUGAUGGAUUCAACUGGGAGGGCCUCAGAGCAAGAACUCUCGAACCGCCAAUAAUGCCCCGAGUGCAAAAUCCCACGGAUACUGCAAACUUUGACGAAUAUCCACCAGAUUCCGACCCACCUCCUCCAGAUGACGUUUCAGGCUGGGACAACGAUUUCUAGCACAUCCGGAACGGCCAUUCGGCUCUCUACGACACAUUCUCUGCAUCCACUGAUCGGUCGAGUGGUCAGCAAUUAUUUUUUUACCCUCCACGGAAUAUCUCGUCUCGCAAUUUUUGCCAAUGGUAACGAGAGAAGGUGGAAAUCCUUGAUGGAGACAUUUUUCGCUCACGAAAGCAAUGGACCUUGCAAUUUUUUUAUUGACAAGUUCCGUUGAUAAUGGGAAAAUCCCGAAAGGCAAAGAAUCUGACAUCGAAAAUCUCAAGAUUGUUAUAAUUGUGAAUUUUGAACCUUUGUUACUUGCAGGCUUCAAGAAUCUUUGUCUUACAGUUCUUUUCACGGUCUGACAUCUUUUCUAGGAGAUAUUUGAAUUGUAACUCAUUGAAUCGGUACUUCAGACAUUCUAGACUAUUUUUUAAAUUAUUGUUAAAUCUUAUACAUAGGAAGAAAUUAGAGUUAAAUUCAGACGAAUUUCAAUUUGUAAACUUUUCUAUUUCUGGGGCAUCGAUUUUUAAUGAGAUUACGUCGUGAAUUUUUACACUAAACAUAGAUAGUGUAUCUAUUGAAACCUAUAUAUUUUUAACCAAGAGCAAGGAGCGGGCUUGUGAUACAAAUUGUGGCCUUCGAGACUCGCGUCUGCGCGUAAAUAUUGUGAAGGCGGUGGGUGCAGCAGCGCUGAGAGAAUUCAAAGAAUGGAAAUUUAUACUGGGCUCGGGUCGUUUUAUACUGUUUUGAAAAGCGCGCUGCCAAAUGCUCGUCACGGGAGUUCCUGAAAGAGAGAAUGCGGAAUGCAAGAUACUACUCUGGAACUUGAUAGUUUUUAUGAAAUACGUAGGAAGGAAACUAGACUCGGCACGUU